GUUCGGUGGGGAGGGUAGGUGGCAGAAGAGGAACGCAAGGAGACAAAGAGAGGGCGGGCGGGGCGACAGGCAGAGGAGAAUAAAACCUAGAAGGAGAUGGAACGAUACUGGGCGAAGGGCAGUGGCGAAAGGCAACGUUUGGUCCCUGGUGACGAAUGGGUGCCCUGUCCCCCCUCCAACCAAUAGGCGUGUGGUUCGGCCCGGACAAGAUGGCGGCGGCUGCGCGCCCAAAGAAGGAGAGCAUGAAAGCGGCAGGCAGAAGUCUCUGUAGCUGAGGUGAAAACGGUGCCAGCAUUUCAGGCAGCAGGAUGGGGGAGUGGCAAAGGAUCUUUGUACAAAACUUGACGGUCCCUCCACACAACCAGAGGAGACGGCACUCUCCACCCAGGGAUUCAACGGCGUUUCAGUUCAUCCUGAAGUCUGUGGAGGGAGAUGCAUUGAAGCUGAGAGCGUUGGACGAAAUGUCGGACGUGGAAUUCCAGCUGCGCCUUUCCUUCUUUGAUGUCACCUACCACCAUUUCUUUGGGAAGACCUGGAGGAGUGCCACAAAGCCCCUUAAAGCUGGGCUGGGACAUCCCCCUGCAGUGGUCUUCCACGAGACUGUUUAUUUCCACACAUCUUUGGAUUAUCCCAGCAUCAUUUUGGUGGUGGAGGUCGUAGCAACAGCCAGGAGGCGGGACGGGACCCCGCAGGAGAUGUCGUGUGGUUUUGGGAUCGUACAUUUGUUUAACAGCAGAUCUGAGCCAACAAACUUGAACUUGAAGGACAAAGGGCUCAGUUUGUAUCAUGGGACCCCACGAGCCCUCUUGCACCCACUUCUCCAAGAGCCAAUAGAGAUGAACAAGAACCUGAUGGUGAUUGACAGCUGUCAUCUUCAAUGCAGCUUGCAGCCACACCCACCCCUGGAGACUGUCUAUCACCUCCUGCCAGAGAACACCCCUGUGUCUAGCUUGCAGAGAAUCCCUGGCAUGCUAGCAGCCCAUGAAGGAGACUUAUUCCAGAAGCCACGACUCAUGAAGACAGUGACGUGGUACUUGGAGAAGCUGUCCAUCCACCUCUACCCUUCAUUGGAGAGAUUUGAAGAGGAGCUCUUGGACCUGCUCAUGAGUGAUCAGGGCAACUCGAUGCUGGAUGGGAACACCCUCGCGGUGCAGGAGAGGCGGCUGCACAUUGGGGUACACAACGGCUUUUGCUUUGUGCAGCCACCACAGGUGGUGGUGGUGGUGCCAGAGGCCGAGGUGGCUCGAGGGCGGACCGGCAGCUUACAGAGGAAACAAGGAGCCGGUGUCAGACCCAGUUCGGAGGGGCAAGCUCUUGUGCUGCGAAGCCGCAUACACUUGACAGAGAUGGUCCAUCACCCGGCCUUUGGAGUGGUCCUCCUGCUGGAGUAUGUCUUCUCCGUGGCAAGUGGACCAGAUGGGAAGACGCCAUCCGUUACAUCGCUGACAACGCCGGCUUACAUGCACUCAAUUCGCUGGGCUGUUUGGAACCCCUCGCCGGACGCAACUUCUUCAAACGUGGUCCUGCCAUUGCAAGGAGGAGUGCAACAUAAUCCCAGUCACGUUUUGGUUUACAAGACACCACCAGCCACCAUGAGCUCAGAAGAGGUGAAGCAGGUUGAGUCAGGGACUGUUCAGUUCCACUUCUCCACUGGCUCCGAGGAGCAACCUGCAGUGGCUGGAAAACCCUCAAGCAGCACGAAGGGAGAGGCUCCUCUCUCAAAGAAUCCUCCGCCCACGCCGUCCCCCAAGUCUCCACCUUCCCCUCAGGUGCUGGUUUCCACCCAAGAUUAUUCCCGAGGUCCUGGGCUGUCAAUAUCCCAGCUCUCUGUGCCUCCAGUGAGCUGCUCCUCCAAAACCCCAUCGCAGCCAUCUGGAGGGGCUCUGCCGUCCCAGUCCUCGGAGGCUCUGAGGCAGCUGCAGGAGCAGGAUAACCCCCGUGGAGCCAUCACCCACUUGGAGUCCAACCUCAGCUACAGCUCGCUGGCCCAGGAAUCCCCCACCGCAGAUCAGCUCCAGGAGCUGCCCUUCACACCAGUGCACGUGCCCAUCAUGGCCCUGGGGCCACACUCAGAAAGUCCUAGCACUGGCCUUACGCGGGCUGCUCUCGCCCGCUUGCGUGCAUCGGGAUUCCCUCAGCUCCUGGACUGCAACAAGGAGCCUGUCCAAAUUGUGGACCCUGUGGACCCUGUGAACUUCAUCCCACAGCGAGAAGAAGCUGAUCUCCUGCAGAACAAUGAAAUCAUCCUGCAGUUUCUUGCAUUUACCAGGGCUGCAGAGGACAGGACAGCCUUGGAAACGUGGCCCAAAACCAUCUAUUUCACCUUCCAGUUCUACCGCUUCCCUCCAGUCACAACUCCUCGAUUGCAGCUGGUCAAUGCAGAUACCUCGAAGGCAGCUCCAUUCAUUUCAUCUUCUCACAUCUUGGUGCAAAUCAAGGAAGAUGGGACCCUGAACCUUGGCUCCCCAGGUUUCCAGCUGAAAUAUAUGGUGGAUCCUGGUUUCCUCAAGCCAGGUGAGCAACGGUGGUUUAUCCGUUACCUGGCCGAGCACACUCUGCAAAUAGACGCGUGGGAUGGCGAUUCGUUGCUCCUCGUCGGAUCUGCUGCUGUGAAGCUGAAGCAUUUGCUCCGCCAGGGCCGGACAGCUGUCCAAGUCCACCAUGAGCUGGAGGUUAUCACCAUGGAAUACAAGCAGGACACAACCAUGAUGAGUGGAGAGAUUCUCAAGCACGGGGGUGUGAAGCCCAUUGGAGUCCAUGCUGUUGUGCGAGGACGUCUCCACCUGAGCCUGGCUAACAUUGGCCAUCUGUGUGAACAAAGGCAGAGGAAGUCCAUCUCUUUGCCACCUUCUCGCUCUCGGAUCAUCUCUUCCCAUGACGGGAACAGUGGCUUCCAUGGGGGCAGCUUGCUGUCUUCAAAUGCUUACAGCGUUGGGAACGUGUGCCAGGCACAAAAACUGGCCGAUGUGGACAGCGAGCUGGCGGCCAUGCUCUUCUCGCGCCUACGCGAAGUCAGCGCCACGUUCCAGCACAGCAGCCGCGAGGCCAGCGUCACCCGGAGGCGGAAGCUGGAGAGGAUGCUGUCGGUCCGGAGGCGGGAGUCCCAAGAGGGCGAUGCUGCAAAGAAAGCCAGCCUCAUCACGGGACGGCAUGAGGAUCGCAUCCAGCACUCCCGGGACCUCCAGAUCAUCGAGGCCUACCGGGAGCGCAUCAAAGCCGAGAGCAUCGCCAGCAUGCUGAGCCAGGCCAUUACCACCCGUCACACCCUCUACGCCACGUUUGGCACGGCUGAGUUCUUCGAGUUUGCCCUGAAGAACCCGUAUAAUGUCCAGCACACAGUCACCAUAGAGACGGACAACCCAGAGCUCAGUGUCAUUGUGGAUGCUAGAGAAUGGAGGCACUUCAAGAAGCUGACCCAAACCACCACCCCUCUGGAGGAGGACAUGUUUCACCUGCAGGACGACCUCACGCCUCAGGUGUACCUGCGCCCCAGGGAGACGGUCCACAUCCCCUUCAAGUACCAGGCCUUCUCCCUGGAGCAUGCUGCCACCAUGCAGCAAGGUCCCACGGAGCUGAUGUUCAGCAAAGGCAAGGAGGACUCCGCAGCCCCCUGGAAGUCCUGUGGCAUACAAACAAAGCACAUCAGGGUCUCCUUCACUGCAAGCGGUGGGAAGCUCCUUGCCAUCCUCAGCGUGAACGUGGAAUCCCAGCCCCAUGUGGUAGAUCAGACCUUCCGCUUCUAUCACCCGGAGCUCACCUUUCUCAAGAAAUCCAUCCGUUUGCCUCCUUGGCACACCCUUCCAGGUGCCCCAGUGGGUAUGCCGGGUGGAGAACCAGAGAUGUUUGUGCGUUGCAGUGACCCCAACAUUGUUUGUGAAACCAAGAAAAUGAAAUUAAUUCAACACUACUGGGUAAGGUCUGGUACGUCACAAUCUGGUCUCGGUCUUCCCACCCAGGGGCCUGGCGAACCUCAGGAUGUCUUUCUGAAAGUCGCAGGGGGCCCAAGUCCACAGAUCAAGAGGUUCUUCCUUUCUAUUUACACGGACCCCUGGCUGGCUGCUCCGACACAGAUCUGGCAAUUCUACCUCCAUUCUUUGCAGCGGGUGGAUGUUAGCUGCAUAACAGGGCAGCUGACCCGCCUUUCACUGGUGCUCAGAGGGACUCAAGCCAUCCGGAAGGUGAAAGCGUACACCUCACACCCUCAUGAGCUGACGGUGGACCCAGAAGGCAUCUUCAUCCUCCCUGCAAAUGGCGUGCAAGAUCUGCACCUCGGCGUGAGGCCUCAGAGUGCCGGCAGCCGGUUUGUCUACCUCAACCUGGUGGAUGUCGAAUACCAUCAGCUUGUCUCUUCCUGGCUGGUGUGCCUAUCCUGCCGGCAGCCUCUUGUCUCCAAGGCUUUUGAAAUCGUGCUCCCCCCUGGUGGAGGGAAAGGCUCAAACAAGAGGAUCACCUACGCCAACCCCUAUCCAUCCCGGAGGGUCUAUUUCCUGCACACCAACCGGCCGGACCUUCUACAGUUCAAGGAGGAUUCCUUUGAGAUCGGUGGAGGGGAGACGUACACCAUCGGCUUGCGAUUUGCCCCGAGCCAGAGUGCUGGCGAAGAGGAAAUCCUGAUUUAUAUCAAUGAUCAUGAAGACAAGAACGAAGAGACUUUCUGCGUGAAGGUCACCUACCAGUAGUGUUGUAAGGUGUAUGCGUUUGUGUGCCCUUGCCUCGAUUGUUUCCCACUCUCCUGCAAUCCAUCAAACUUCCCUAAAGGGACAGUACCGCUCCCUUCACGAUCCCCGUCUGCAAACAGCCUUUGCGCCCCUGAAUUGUCGCCGGCCACAAGUCUUCAGAGAGAUUACCUCCCCCACUCCGCUACCUCAGAGCGUGGGACACAUGGCCUCCACUUGAGUGUACUUUAGCUUGCAUCCCAUCAAGCCCCUGCUAAGCCUGCGUGAUUGAUUGCCUGAGUGGAUUCCUGGGACGUCAGCGUGACCUCCAACCACGCAGCUGAGUCGUCCCUGUUAUACCCCCACCCCCUUUCCUCCUUGCUCCGGAUCGAAAAUUCAUUUCUCUCGCCAUGAAAUGUCACUGGCUGGUAGAAGGCAGCUGAGGCUUUCAGACCUUUAACAUGGCAGUGCAAGCUUGUUUGCCAAUUUGUUUGGUUUUGUAACAUUAUUUUUACACAGAGGUUGGGUUUGGGGCAUGUUUGGGUGCUUGUUUGUUUUUUAAUUAAAGAAAGGAUCAUAACCAGAAGAACAUACGUGCCUUCUCAUUCUUGUUGAAUGAAUUAAACUUAAUUGUUUAAAGCCACCACAA